AAUGAAUGACAGCAAUCUUGAUGUUGCAGCUGACCCACGUGUUUGCCUCAUCUGUGGAGACCGCGCCACAGGCCUGCACUAUGGCAUCAUCUCCUGCGAGGGCUGCAAGGGCUUCUUCAAGCGCAGCAUCUGCAACAAGCGCGUGUACCGCUGCAGCCGCGACAAGAACUGUGAGAUGUCGCGCAAGCAGCGCAACCGCUGCCAAUACUGCCGCCUGCUCAAGUGUCUACAGAUGGGAAUGAACCGCAAAGCAAUCAGGGAAGAUGGCAUGCCAGGAGGGAGAAACAAAAGCAUUGGGCCUGUACAGAUCACAGAUGAGGAGAUUGAGCGGAUCAUGUCAGGACAGGAGUUUAAGGAGGAAGCCAGUCUCCCGGAGCACACCUGGAGCAACAAUGGUGACAGUAGUGACCACAGUUCCCCUAGCAACGGCGCCUCUGAGGGCAACCAGCCAUCACCCGCAUCCACUCUGUCAUCCAAUCGCUCUGUAGAGAUGAAUGGCAGCUACACGGCGGCUCUCAGGGACCAGUACAUGAACACCCCGAUGAACACCCCCUACCAGCUUCUACCUCACCUCUUCAGCUACCAUGCCCAGUCAGGCCUGCUGGCCCCACAGCCCCGCAGCCUCUACCCCCAGUCACACCCCCUGGUGCUGCAGCUAGUGGCUGCAGAGGACCUGGCCCCACUGACCACCCCCAUGCUGAUAGAGGAUGGGUACAAGGUGACUCAGGUGGAGUUGUUUGCGCUGCUGUGUCGUCUGGCCGACGAGCUGCUGUUUCGUCAGAUCUCGUGGAUCAAGAAACUGCCGUUCUUCUGCGAGCUGUCCAUCGAGGACUACACCUGUCUGCUCAGCUCCACCUGGCAGGAGCUCAUCCUGCUCUCCUGCCUCACCAUCUACAGUGCGCAGAUCUUUGGAGACCUGGCCGACGUCACCGCCAAGUACACGCCCUCUGAGGACGAGAUGCAGGGGUUCAGUGAGAAUGGCAUGGAGGUGAUGGAGAGGCUGAUCUAUCUGUUCCGCAAGUUCCACCAGUUGAAGGUCAGCAACGAGGAGUAUGCCUGCAUGAAAGCCAUCAACUUCUUGAACCAAGAUAUCCGUGGUCUGACCAACGUCUCCCAGUUGGAGCAGCUAAACAAGCGCUACUGGUACGUGUGUCAGGACUACACUGAGUACAAGUACCCUCACCAGCCCAAACGCUUCCCCGAGAUCAUGAUGUGUCUGCCAGAGAUCCGUUUCAUGGCAGGCAAGCUGGUGAAUGUUCCCCUGGAACAGCUCCCCCUUUUGUUCAAAGCAGUCUUGCACUCCUGCAAAUCCAGCCUAAUCAGCUACAGGACAGGAAGUUCCCCCUGUCUGACUUCUACGGGUACCUCCCCUGGGAACUGAGCCCUGCCCUGCUGGCUCUAGGACCGCCCCUUUACUCAGAGCUGGCCUAGGGGGCAGGGCAAGGGACUGGUCCUCCUUCCUGUGAAUGUGACAAGCAGCUAGUUUUAUAAAGCUUUUUUUUUUCUCUCUAUAUAUUUAUUACAUGACAGAGCUGAAUGUAUGCUGAUUUAUGCUGUGCACAUGCUUCUGUACAAACUAAAUGCACAUUGAUGCAUUGGUCUUUGGAGUUUACAAGUGUGUAUCCGAUUGCUCAAUGUGUGGGUGUUGCCAUUGUUAGAACUUGAUUUUAAACAUUUAUUUUAUUCGGAUGGGGCCGGAUAUAAAUGAGUUGCCAAGUGUUUUGAGACUACCUCAGGAAGAUGUCGUUUCUAUUUUCAGGUACCUUUUUCUCGCCGUUUUGAAAUGAAGAGUUGCCCAGUCUAAAUCCAAUCCCUGUAAAUGCUUUAAACUCCUGAAUCAUAGAUUGAUAAGUAGGCCUUUACCACGAAAUUGACCAAAGGCAUUGCUGUACGUUGAACCAAAGAUUUUUUUUAAAAGCGUUCACCCCUGCAAUCAACAAAUGAAUGUUCACUACAGGUGUAUUGUCUCCCUUCUUGUCGUAUUUUUCUAUACUGUGUUACACACACUAUCUCUUACAGAACCCACAGACAGACUUCCUGUAAGGGAUGGGCUGGUCUGUUUUGAACAUUCCUAGACUUUCGGCGAGGCGACACUUAGCUGGAUUGUGGGAUCUUCGUAGAAAACGAGCAUACGGGUAUUUUCUACAAUCAUUGACUGCGGAACAAAUUAAAUUGCAGGGGUAGGGGACGUUUGCUGUUAGCUGUAUUGAUUUUUGUUGUUGUUGACCAAAGUGUUAUGCAAAGCUUUUUCAAGCAGAACCCAUAGAUGGGCAAUGAGCCGAUAGCUCAAUGUAAUGAUUUCUUAUCAAUGAAGGACCCGAAUAGGAAAUGAAUCAAUGUGCGUCGGAGCUGGAGGGGAGACCUUCCGCUGACAGACAGACACACAGUGCAGCUGGUUCCCAUCCUAACCCCUAACGAUGAGACACCACAGACAAAGGCCCCACUGUCUUCCUUCCUAGUCCCUGUAGCACCCAUCUGUUGCUCCAGACAUACAACUUUUAGCCCUCCACUGGUACUCCCUUGCCCAAUCCUUAGCCUCUGCACAUGCUCAUUGGGUUGGUGGUCCGGUCCGCACAGUUAGGUUAGAAGGAAAUGCUGGCCUGCUCAUUUUUACUACUACAUCUUUAGACAGUGUUGGGUUCGGAAUGCUCAGGUGACUACUUUUUAGGCUGUAAAAGAGGAGAGACGGAGGAGACAUUAGGGGCUUGUCUAUUAAUCUGGAAGGACUAGAGGUUACUUCCAGCUUGCACAUCAUCUAAGACAGAUAUGCACAUUGUUUAAAAAAAAAAAAAGAAACAUACGGAGAAAUAGGUUCUUUAUUUUCUAAGUAUGAGAUGAUAAUUCUUCCCACUUGAAGAGUCUUUUUUGAUCAUUCAAGUUUGAUCUGUUUCCUAGUAACCGUUGUUUGAACAUUUGGGGCAAUGCAGUCCUUAAAAUGACUCUCUUUUAUGCGUGCUGUGGUGAGGCAGGACACAUUCUUUGACCAUGAACUUGGCAAAGUCCCCACCCUGCAUGCUCCUCUCUCUCAGGUCCUUGUGGACCUGUAUUUAAACAGGGUAAAGUGAGUGUUGUGUAUUGCAUUCAGGAGUUAUUCAGUGAUCACAAUGCUGAUGUACUUGUAGGAUUCGUAGUCGUAGGAUUCAGGACAUUGUAGGUUCUUCUUAGAAGGUGUUUUCUUUUUCAAACAUUUUCCUGUUUUUAUGAAAGUGAAUGUGUUGGUUUUAAAGGGCAUGUUUUGGAACAGAUUGUUUUUGAACAGAUUUUAAACAACUGGUGAACCAGUGCUCCCAGUUCAGUGUUGAGAUGAUUUGGCUGAAGGUGGCCUGAGACAGGGCCGAAAUGCCAGAGAUCUCCCCUUUCCAAACUGAGCAUGCUCAAAAUAACCUCAACUAUCAGGUAGGCUUACUCUCUCCCUUCAUCACUACUGUAAGUCCAGCCUCGUUUGUCUUGCUCAGCCUUAACACUACUACCUACCUGCCUUAAAGGAGUACUCCACCCCCCCAAAAAAAAAUUCAAUGUUUUGUUAUUUGUUUCAUUUGUCCAUUGUUGACAUAGUGCCAAAAAUGUUUUGCUGGUCAGCGAUCAAUUUUCAAGAUAUGUAACUUUUAAAAUAUAGAAAUCCUCCCCAUAUGAUGCAUCUCUGGGUGGAAUGUUCCUUUAACACUGUACUAUCUUAUGCCCUGAACCACCCGUUGAAUACUUUCUCCAAUGGUGUGUGUUCUUUGUUUCAGUAGUUUUCAACUAGCCACCUUUCCAUCUUUUGUUUUUAUACAUUUUCAAUGUUAUUGUUAAAACUAGAAUCCUUAAUUAGAACAAUAACAAAGCGGACACCCCGCCUUAGUUUUGGUAAAAAGCUUGAGGGAUGUGGGCCUGGAGAAAUGUAACCACUCUCAAAUUCAUAGACAGAGCUAUGGAUGCAAGGACGGACCAUCCAUGACACGAAUUCUAGUUUUAACCAUGUUUUGAGGCUAUACAGCAUUUGUUUACAUUGACAUUACAAUUCUUUCUGAUGGAUGUUGGAUGUGAUUCUAUCAACUCUCUGCUGUAAUUUAAGUUCCAAAAGAAUAUAGUGUUUAUGGUAUUGAUAUUACAAUUCAAAAAUUGUUUAUGGAUUGGUCACUCUUUACUAUUACCAAAGACAUGUUACAGAGUUGAUGAGUAAAAUGAUAUCUGCAGACAGUGAAUUAACUCGGCAGAAGACAGGCACCUGUGAAACUGGUAAAUAUUAUGCAUGAUCCUUCACAUGCAAAGCCUUCACUGUAUUCCCCAGUGUCAUUUGGGCCUGAGGUGUGGAGUUUUCAACUCCGAUAUUAGAACGGAGUCGCACACCGUGGCUUCCCACUUUUCUUUCAGUUGACCAUCUGUGAACAAAGCAGAGAACAUUGAGGUGUGCCAGAAGUCACGGUGGAGAGUAGCCAGCCACUGGUCUGGGGGGCUCAGUGCAUAUGGCACUCCUAAACUCAGGGAUCAGACAUUUUUAGGGUACUUGUGUUUGAGAUCCUAGCCCAGUGCUGCUGCUGCCAUACAGUGUCACUCUGGCCAUCAUACAUGAAUAUAGGGACUCUUAAGUGGCAGGUUCUUCGUUUUAAAAUCAAACGUCACAUUGCUACCUUCCUGCCAACACCUCUCAUGUUUUGAAACACAUGUAAUACAAACUCAUUACCAUUCUCACUAUUUUCUGGAAUGUGUUUUUACAGAUAAUGGAUAUGUAAUUUGCAAUUUCUAUACUGAAACUACCUCUUUUUGUGUGUCAUCACGUUGCUUACUCUCACACAGGUAAUGUUAAAAAAAAAAUCAUAUUUAUUGGUUUCAUUGCACCAAUGUUCUGUUAUUUUGUGUCUCUUAUUUCAUCCAGUUACCUCACUGUUACCUAUUUUGCAUGUAAACGUUUCCUCAUAUGUUUUCCCGUGGUACCUCAGGACAAACUGCAGCCUCGCCCUUGGUGGAUGGGAGUCAGUUUGACCACCGUGCGCCAGUUUACAUUUACAACUUUUUUUUCUGCAAUCGAUCAUGCAGUUUACAACGUCACACCAAGUGAUCAAUGAAAACGGAUCAGACUGAUGACUUAUCUACCACGUCAUGACCGUACACUACCAAUCAUUAACACACCUGAUUACCAUACCUUUCUGUGGGAAUCUCGGCAUACUGUAUGUAAUCACAUGUCAUUUGUUCACUUUUCUGCGGUCGUUUUAUCAAUACUUCCCAUUUUACUUGUGAAUCAGUGUUUCUUUGUACAGUUCAUACAGCAACAUAUAACCCAGUAUGGUAUUCCAAACAAUGUAUUGUGUUCCUUCACUAUAUCUAUAUAGUUGUCAAGAUGGGGUGUUCCAAACAAUGUAUUGUGUUCCUUCACUAUAUCUAUAUAGUUGUCAAGAUGGGGUGUUCCAAACAAUGUAUUGUGUUCCUUCACUAUAUCUAUAUAGUUGUCAAGAUGGGGUGUUCCAAACAAUGUAUUGUGUUCCUUCACUAUAUCUAUAUAGUUGUCAAGAUGGGGUGUUCCAAACAAUGUAUUGUGUUCCUUCACUAUAUCUAUAUAGUUGUCAAGAUGGGGUAUUCCAAACAAUGUAUUGUGUUCCUUCACUAUAUCUAUAUAGUUGUCAAGAUGGGGUGUUCCAAACAAUGUAUUGUGUUCCUUCACUAUAUCUAUAUAGUUGUCAAGAUGGGGUGUUCCAAACAAUGUAUUGUGUUCCUUCACUAUAUCUAUAUAGUUGUCAAGAUGGGGUGUUCCAAACAAUGUAUUGUGUUCCUUCACUAUAUCUAUAUAGUUGUCAAGAUGGGGUGUUCCAAACAAUGUAUUGUGUUCCUUCACUAUAUCUAUAUAGGUGUCAAGAUAGGGUGUUCCAAACAAUGUAUUGUGUUCCUUCACUAUAUCUAUAUAGUUGUCAAGAUGGGGUGUACCAAACAAUGUAAAGGCAAAGUGUAAAGACUUUAAUAGGGUUAAAUGAUCAGUAUCAUGUUUGAUAUUUACAAUGCUGCUUGUGAGUCAUUAUUCAUUAGAAUGUAACUUUGGCCCUUUUGCCAUUUCCUGUUAACAUGCUUUUCUUCACUCAUCGCAACAAUUAAUGGUUUUCUGUCAUAACAGUGUUAUUACAAGCUUAUACAUUGUUAUUACAAGCUUAUUCAGUGUUAUUACAAUUCAUUCGUUGAAGCUCCUUAUUAAGGAGCCCACAAUGGGGCAACUAGAGCAGAUAAAAUCACAACAUAUCUCAGGGAACAACGUCUUAAAAUAUUUCCAUUGAAUCUGCACCACUGGAUACGCAGAUGAAAUGCAUGACAUUUGUAUCUGCCAUGUUUGUUUGUUUUCUCCUUAAAGGGAUAUUUUAAGGGAUCCCCAGAGUCAGAUGAACUCAUGGAUACCAUUUUUAUAUCUCUGCAUCCAGUACGAGGGAAGUUAGAGGUAGUUUCGCGAGCCAAUGCUAAGUACCGUUAGCUCAAUGAAUGGAACUCAAUGGCAACAACUAGCAUGCUAGCUGUUACCAUAGAUUUCCAGUCAUUGCGCUGAUUCAGAGGGGUUGGGUUAAAUGCGGAAGACACAUUUCAGGUGAAGGCAUUCAGUUGUACAACUGACUAAUGCUAGUUAGAAGUUGCGCUGACGCUAGUUAGCAACUUCCUUCAAACUGCACACAGAGAUAUAAAAUGGUAUCCACAAGUUCAUCUGACUCUGGGGAAGUAGAUUAAGGGUUUCAUUGCCAAAAUCCCGAAGUAUCCCUUUAAAUCUUUUAUUAAACUUCUCUCCUCUGCUUUUCUUACUUGAACUACCUGUGACAAAUGUGAUCCAUAUGUGUUAAACGCAUGUUUAGAAUAUGUUAGGACUUGAAACCAAAUAAAUGUGAACGUUAUGCAACUGUG